GAGUUCCGUUUACAGCAUCGUGUGUUUGACACUGUCUUUUCUGCACUGCCCCAAAAUUCUAUCUUUUCCUUUUUGUUGUUUGUUAUCUCCAGGAACAUACCUUUUAAUUUAUUAAAAACGUUUCCUUCAAUUUAACCCUUUUAUUUAUUUUUUCUUUUUCCAACUAGUGGGAAAAAGAUUAGACAAAACCAAAGUUUAGCUCAUAGAGUAUUAAGAACAAAAGAAUAGCACGCUUUAUAGCCUCCCUUUUCUUUGAUGCUCAUUUACUUCUCAUUUUUAGGGCUUUUUUAUUAUUUUUCCUUAUUGGGUAUCUGUUAGUUUUGUUCUCCAUGGUGGCUGCACUUCACCUGGUUCAAGGUGAAAUGAUUUUGUUUAGGGGAGGUUUUUUCAUGUCAACUAUCUUGCGUGGUUCUCUUGAUAGACUAGGGAUGGAUUGAAUUGACCUCUUUAAGAAGCUCCAGUAGUACAUAUAAUUUUAAUAACUUUAUGGCUCGGAAAGGUAAUCAGCAGAAGAAUGGGAAAAAAAGGGGUUCAGAUGCAGGUUUUCCAGUCUCUGAUGCAAAAGGGAGAGGAAAGGCAAGUGAGGUAAAGGUUUUUCCUGGAGAGGAACUACCAAAUGGUAACCCUUCAGGCACUCCUUUUACAGAGAGCGUCAGUCAAGGUCACCAGGUUGGGACUGAGAAUAAAUAUAGGCAGAAUUCUGAGAGAUCUGUGACGACAGAAAACCAUGGAGAUGCUGCAGAGGGUCUUGGCCAAUCAAUUUCUUCUGGGAGUAGUUCAGGGGAUUGCAUUGAAAAUGCACUUCCAAAGGAAGCUUCAAGUGGAAGGGAACAAAAGAAGAUAUCACCUGACCAGGACCUUCAUCCAAAACACAAAAAAGCAGUUUGGGGCUGCUUUCCAAGUGGUUUUCACCUUAAAGAUGCCAUGGAGAACGUAGACUUUUCAAAUAAUGUGGUGGUAAGAAAUGUGAGAGCAUCAGCUGUAUCCACCUUGAAGGUGGUAAACCAGUGGCUGGAGAGGCAGAGGCCAUUUUUCAUUUCUCUAACAACUAACAUUUAUAAUGCCCGAGAUUAUGUCAAAGUAAAAAUUGAGCACUUAUAUCCCGUUGUGUUGAAAUGGCUCAUGCAUUUUGGAAAUAUAAUGCUUCUCUUGUCAAUAGUCUGGUUGGACUGUACUCUUAGGGGCAUUGAUUCCUUCCUGCGCAUGGGUACAACAUCUCUUUUUUCGGUUGUAUGGUGCAGUAUGUUCUCAGUGAUUGCCAUGGUCGGGAUGUUGAAGUUUCUUAUGGUCUUGGCCAUGGCUGCUCUGACAGCAGUUUUUGUCGGGUUUACUCUUGCAAUGCUGGUAGUAGCUGUUUUUGGAACUAUUUUCCUGUGGUUUUAUGGAAGUUUCUGGACAACACUUCUUGUGAUCUUCCUUGGAGGAUUGACAUUUUCAUUUAGCCAUGAGCGUCUUGCGCUAUUGAUCACCACUAUAUAUUCUGUAUAUUGUGCUUGGAUGUAUGCUGGUUGGCUUGGUUUGCUUUUGGCUCUAAAUCUCUCAUUUAUAUCAAGUGAUGCUUUGAUCUACUACCUAAAGAACAACAUAAAUCAGCAAGCAAGGCCUGAUGGAAACCCCGAAGAAACUAAUGGAAUGCACGGUCAACCAGGCUUCUUUAGUGACGAGUCAGUGCAUGCUUCAUUCUCUGAAAAUGUCCCUGGGUUUUCAGCAGAUUGUGGCCCUGGGUUAGCUUCAACUAGUGGGGUUGAUACUGAGAUAACUUCUGAAGAUGAAGUUGCUCGAUUGUUGAAUUGCACUGAUCACUAUUCUGCAUUGGGUUUGUCACGAUAUCAGAAUGUUGAUGUGAAUGUACUGAAGCGAGAAUAUAGGAAAAAGGCAAUGCUGGUCCAUCCUGAUAAGAACAUGGGUAAUGAAAAGGCUGCAGAAGCUUUUAAAAAACUUCAAAAUGCUUAUGAGGUCUUAUUGGAUUCGUUAAAGCGAAAAGCAUACGAUGAUGAACUUAGGAGGGAGGAGCUGCUAAACUAUUUUCGUAGGUUCCAAAAUGCUUCUCAAAAGAAUGGUGGACAUGGUUUCUUUUCCUCUGGAUUUGCACGGUCAGAGGCUGAUGGGGAGGAACUGUUUGGAGAAUCUAGGCGAAUUGCCUGCAAAAAAUGCAGUAACUUUCAUGUUUGGAUACAUACCAAGAAAUCAAAAUCUCAGGCAAGAUGGUGCCAGGAAUGCAAAGAUUUUCAUCAAGCAAAAGAUGGAGAUGGAUGGGUUGAACAAUCUUCACAGCCCUUCUUUUUUGGGUUAUUGCAGAAGGUGGACGCUCCCUCUGCCUAUGUUUGUGCUGAUAGCAAGAUAUAUAAUGCCACAGAAUGGUAUAUUUGUCAGGGAAUGAGAUGUCCACCCAACACCCAUAAGCCAAGUUUUCAUGUGAAUACUAGUGUGACAUCCAAGCAUGGUACCGGCAAGGGAUCUAGUUCAGGACAAAGAGGUGGCAGGAUACCAACACCUAAUCUGGAAGAAACCAUGACAGAGGAAGAAUUCUUUGAGUGGUUACAGAAUGCAGUACAAGCUGGCAUGUUUGACAAUGUUAGUGGUAGCAGCUCUGCUGAGAGCCCAUUUGCCAAAGCGGGAAGCGGCUCCAAGAGUAGUGGUAGCAAUAUGGGUGGUGGUAGCGGAAACAAGAGAAGGAAAAAAGGAAAGAAACAAUGGUGAGCAGUCAUAAUGAUUUGUAAACCCCCAGAUUCUCUUGAGAAUUCAUCAAUUUUUGGCCGUACAAAAGUGAUUGUCUCACAAAAAACUUAGAUCCAGUUGAAGUUAUUAUCGGGCAAGAAUGAGUAGAAAGCCCCUUGAGCA